AUGAAAUUUAACCUAAUAUUCUGUUUCAUUGCAUUACUCUUAGCAUAAGAUCCAACAGAAACAGCAACAGUUUAAGAUGAAAAUCCUACUACUGUUGAGACACCCCAACCAUAAAUACAACCUAUUGUUGCAUUACCAAACAAUGUUGAUGCUUUAAUAUCAGGCCAUCGUUUAAUUUUAAUUGAAUUUUAUGCUUCUUGGUGUGCUCCAUGCAAACAAUUUGCCCCUGAAUAUCAACAACUUACAGAUAAAGCAUCCAAACACUCAAUUGCUUGUGCUGCUUAUGAUUCACAAAGAGAUCCUGAUAGAUAUGCUCUUGAAAAAUUCAAAAUCUCAUCUUUCCCAACAUUCAUUUUUUUUAUGGAUGGUAAACCUUUCCAAUUUGCUGGAUAAAGAAGUGCUGAUUCUAUGCUUUAGUGGAUGUUAUAGGUAUACAAUUAUAAUCUAUAUCAUUUUAGUUAGUCAAUGGACCUAAUCCUACAGAGAUCUUGACAUAAGAAUAAUUCAAUUAAUUUUUGAAUGACAAUGAUGUUGUACUCUACUAUCAGCUUUCAGAAAACAAUGUUAAUGAUCCUAAUUAUUGGACCUUUUUCGAAAUGAGCAAGACUAAUUCGGAUGCCGCCUUUGCUUUCUCAUUUCUUUUUAACAUUGGUAAACCUGGAAGAUUGUAUUAUUAUUCUAAAGAAAGCUCAGAAAAGAAAUAAUUCAAUCAAGCCUUUACUAAACAAAAUAUUCAAAGAUUUUUAUUACAAAAUUAAUUGCCUGAUGUACCAUAAUUAAAUGAUUAAUCAGAAAAAUUAGUUUAUUCUGGAGCUACUCCAGCCUUUAUUUUAUUUAGUAGUUUAGAUGAAUAAUCUAUUAAAGCUGAAAAAGCAUUCAUUGAAACUGCUUAAUUGUUUAAAAAAACAUAUUAAUUUUCAUAUACAAAAAUUACAGAUGAAAAAUUCUUUGAUUAAUUAAACAAUCUUGGAGCAGAUGACAAUGUAUUCCCUAAGAUUAUUGCUUGGAACUAAGGGUUAAAAUAUAAAUACAAUGGACCUGAUUUUACAGUUAAAGGAAUCAAAAGCUUUAUUUUUGAUUUCAGACAAGGUAAAUUAGAAAAAUUUAUCAAAUCUGAACCAUUGCCUGAUUAUUCCUAAGAGAAAACUUAUGUUAGAGUAAUUAAUUAUUUUAUUCUAUUUAGAAAGUUGUAGCUUUUAAUUACGAUGAAGAGGUUAUAAAAAAUAAAAAAGAUGUUUUAUUAGAAUUCUAUGCUGAAUGGUGUGGAGCUUGCAAAUAAUUUAAACCACUUUAUGAUUAAAUUGCUUAUGAAUUGAGGGAUAACCCUAAUUUAGUUGUAGCUCAAAUAAAUGCUCCAGAUAAUGAGAUUUCUGAUGUUUAUUCUCCACACUCAUAUCCUGAUUUGGUAUUGUUUAGAGCUGCCGAUAAAUAGAGAAAGGCUAUUCCUUGGAAAGGUGAAGAUAGAACUGUCGAAUCAGUCUUAGAGUUUGUUAGAAAUAAUACAAUUGUUGCCAAAUGA